CUGGCCCUUUAACGCCGCCGUCCGCUUCCUGUCGCGCGUGCGCACUCCGCUUCUGCGCUUGUCAUCAUGGCGGCGCGGGGCCAUGUGCAGGAUCCUAACGAUAGGAGGCUCCGACCUAUCUACGAUUACCUGGAUAAUGGCAACAACAAGAUGGCAAUUCAGCAAGCUGAGAAACUGCUCAAAAAACAUAAAGACCUGCACUGUGCCAAGGUUCUCAAAGCAAUUGGGUUACAGAGAACGGGGAAGCAAGAUGAAGCGUUUGUGCUGGCCCAAGAGGUAACUGCUCUGGAGCCCACCGAUGACAACUCCUUGCAAGCACUCACCAUCUUGUACAGGGAAAUGCACAGACCGGAGUUGGUGACUAAACUCUACGAGGCAGCUGUGAGAAAAGUCCCUACCAGUGAAGAGUAUCACUCUCAUCUCUUCAUGGCUUAUGCCAGAGUAGGGGAAUAUAAGAAGAUGCAGCAGGCUGGAAUGGCACUUUAUAAAAUUGUUCCAAAAAAUCCCUAUUAUUUCUGGUCUGUGAUGAGCCUGAUCAUGCAGUCUAUUUCAGCUCAGGAUAAAAAAUUGUCUAAAACAAUGUUUUUGCCACUGGCUGAAAGAAUGGUUGAGAAGAUGGUAAAGGAGGACAAGAUAGAAGCGGAAGCUGAGGUUGAACUGUACUACAUGAUUUUAGAACGUUUGGGGAAAUAUGAAGAGGCACUAGAAGUGAUCAGGGGCAAGCUAGGAGAGAAAUUGACCAGUGAACUGCAGAGCCGUGAAAACAAGUGUAUGGCCAUGUACAAGAAGCUCAGCAAGUGGCCUGAAUGUAAUGCUCUCUCAAAGAGACUGCUUUUGAAAAACCCAGAUGACUGGCAGUUCUAUAUUUCUUACUUUGACUCAGUGCUGCACCUUGUUGAUGGUUCAUGGACUCCUCCAGUAGAGGGCCCAAUGUCAGCGGAAGGAGAUUUGGAUCACACCAUAGAGCAGGUGGUCAGGUUUGUGGAAGAUCAAAUAGAGCAAGAUUCUAAAAAUCCACGACCGCUCCGAGGACCAUAUCUUGCCAAGCUUGAACUGAUUAGACGUCUAAGAAGCAGAGGAUGUAAUGAUGAGUACAAGCUGGGAGAACCGGAAGAUCUGAUGUUCCAAUUCUUUAUUAAGUUUGGAGACAAGCCUUGCUGCUUCACCGAUAUUAAAGUUUUUGUGGAUCUUUUCAGUCCAACCCAGCAUUCAAAUUUUAUAAACAGGCUGCUGGGCUCGUUACCUCUGACUCCUCCUGUUGUGGGAGAGUUUGCAUUGCCAGAGGAUAUCAAGAGCAUGCAGAGACAUUUAUGUGUGAUUCAGCUAAGUAGACUGCUGGGGCUCCAUGAAAAGAUGGACAGAGCACAGAAACAGGAAGCAGUUAGAGAAAUCAUCUUCCGAUACAGACAUGGACUUCACUUUGGAAAGUCCUGUCUGAAAACAGAGCUGCAAUUCUCUGAUUACUACUGUCUCAUAGGAGCCCACUUACUCCUAGAUAUGUGGCUUAGUGGUGAAGACUGGGCAGUUUGGCACGCUCUUACUUUAUUAGAAGAAGGAUUAAAUAACAGUCCAUCUAACGCCCAGUUUAAACUGCUGCUUAUUCGCGUCUACUGCAGACUUGGAGCAUUUGAGCCAGCUAUGGAACUGUAUAGCAGCCUGGAUGCUAAACACAUACAACAUGACACAAUUGGUUAUCUGCUGACUCGUUUUGCAGGACCGUUGGGUCACUAUAACUCUGCAUCACAAGCCUGCAAUGCCGCACUAAGGUUUUUCCACUCAAACCAGAAAGAUACCUCAGAAUAUAUUAUACAAGCUUAUAAAUAUGGAGCCUUUGAGAAAAUUCCAGAAUUUAUUGAGUUUAGAAACCGGCUGAACAACUCUCUCCAUUUUGCACAAGUUCGCACUGAACGAAUGUUACUGGACCUUUUACUUGAAGCACAUAUCUCCAGCAGUCUGGAAGAUAGUGUCAAGUCAAUGUGUCUGAUUCCAGAGGAGGAUGACAUUCCAUGGAAGGACUUACGAGAUAACCGGGAUCUGACUGUUCUUUUCAGCUGGGAUGCACAAAAUGGAGACCAUAAAGAGAGUUACAACCAGCUCUCAUUGGAAGAAGAACGUAUCUGGCUGCUUAUUCGAUCAUUGAAUUUAAGAUUGGUUACUGGUCUGACCACGCUCAACCAUACUGAGCCCAAGAAUUCUGAAAAGGCUACAGAAAAUGGGGUAUCCUCCAAGAUUGACACAGUGCGCACCUUGUUACAGCAGUAUGAGGAGACGGUGGAUUCUGGAAAACGGUUUAGUGAAAGGAAUAUUAAGUAUCCUUUCCUUGGUCCUCCAGCUUCUCGGCUCAGUGGAUUCAUAAGCAGUGGCUGCUGUCAGUGUCAGAAGGAGACUUUCCAGUUGGUGAAUGAUAUUUAUCAGCUUGAUUCAUGUGGCAUAGAUGAUAGCUGUGAAAUUCAAGAAAAAAUUGGGAACAGAUUACACUCUUCUUUAGGCAAUUUAAAAGACCUUUUCAGCCAGUGUAAAGGAGAUCUUCUGUUUUAUCAAGAAGGACACUGCAAGACAUCACCUCUUAUAAUUGAGAACUUGGUCUUCUUUGUGGAGACUAUAUCUAUUGUUCUCUGGGUAUCGGGAUAUUUCGCUGCUGUUCUUAGACCGUUCAAGUCAAAUCUUCAGAAGAAGAAAAAGAAGAAAAAAGAAAGUAGUACUACUCCCCCUGUGUUUACUGGCUUCCAUGACUUCAUCACUGGGCUGCAAACAUUGCUAACAGACGCGAAUGACUACAUAAAGGAGAUGGAAGCCUCUUUGCUUGCACUGAAAUUUGAAGAUAUCUCCUUAGAAAAUGUAACACUCAGUGAGGAAGAAAAGAUAUUUACAAAGCAGUCUAUGGACAAAGUUCAGAACAGCUAUCUGCACUCUUUGCAAGAGGUUGGAGAUCUUUUGAGGAAAAAAUUUGAAACUAUUAAGAAACUCAAGCUCUAGAAUGUGAAUAGGAACUGUAUAACUAUAGAUACUUUGAUGGGCUCCUGGCAGACAUCUUAAUCCAGAACUUCCCAUGAGGAUGCAUGAAUGACUUAAAAACUUUUUUUUUUCCCUCCUUUGUUUUUUAAAGGUGUUUGAGAAUGGAAUUUAUACAGCUGAUUUAAAUUAUUGUACAUAAACUAAAAGCAGGAGCUGCCACCUGCCAUAGACCACUUUUUAUACAUGUCCAUGAACUUGCAGCAGUGAGGUUUUCAUGCCUUUUUUUUUUUGAUCUUCAUGCAACCUUGGAAACUCUGUACCUGCAGCAAUAGAAAUUGGCUUAAAACCAGCAGCUUUUCUUAUUCCUUGCCAUUUAGGUGAAUUUUAUUUGGGUUUUUUUUUUUUUUUUUUUUUUGGCUCAUUUAGGAAAUCUAUUAAUCUUUUAUUCCACACUUUAUUUUUUCCUCUGCUCUAUUAGCUUUGCAGUUUGUCCUCUCUGUUGUCCCGUCUCCUCCUAGCAGCUGUUUUAAUUUAUAGGAACUGAAAUAUGUCUGAAGAUAACACAGAAUUGAAUGGUUGGUUCCAGAUCAUUGUUGUGGUGGAUGCAAUCAAAUUUAAUGAUGGCUGACUUUAAAGUGAGACUUUCAAUGCUGUGGCUGUACUGUCAGAUCGCCGGCGGAGAAAGACCUCUGUUUAUUCAAUCUUAGUUGGCAGCUAGCCACUGUCAUUUGCACUGCAUUAUUACACCAAUGCGGCUGUGUAUACUAUAUUAUAAAGAAAAAAAGCCUAAUGCUGCUUGGUUACACUACCAGUCUAAACAAGAGACUAGUUUCUGAACGUAACUGUUUUUCGGUUACCCAGAUGCUGUUGCUUUGCUUUCUACCGCAGAAGGAAUAUUUAGAAGCAACUGGUUCCAUUUUGCUAAAAAAUAAACAUUUACACCAUUUUGUAUGCUUAUUUAUGCAGCCCUGUCACCGAGUACUGGUGUAUAUUUAUAUAAAUAUAGAUGUAUGUAUAUUUGUAUAGUAUAAUAUGAUGUACAUACAUAUAUGCAUACAGUCAGAUACACAUGUAAUUAAAUGGCUAACCUCGGCUAUACGUGCAGAAGAACAAGCCAGCAUGGAAGGAAAACAGUUCAACUUGGCUUGCCAGGUGAAUGUAAUAUUUUCACAAAUCUUCUACUUGCUCUGACAUUUUCAAAGGCUAAAUAUAAGAUUUCUGAGACCCUGACAGUCAGGGUAUUGUCAUAUAUUACAGACCCGUUUUUGUUAGUGAUGCUAGGUGGUUGAUGAGAGUAUUUUUAAAAUAAAUCCCUACAUAAUAA